AUGCCACAACCACUUGCCAUAGCCCCUGCUCCGGGAAAGUCUCCGUCUAUGGAAGUCGGCAUCGCCUCAACUCCGGAUUCUGAGGCAAUGCAUUUCAACUGCCAGUCGUGUGUUCGCAAAAAGGUCAAAUGCAACAGGGCCUUGCCCGUUUGCUCUAGGUGUCACAAGGGCAAACUCGAGUGUACAUAUCUUGCUCCACCGCCAAGGAAAAGAAGAAGAAAGCACGAUGAGGAUCCGAGUCAACGCCUGGCUAGAUAUGAGAGCAUUUUGCGAGCUCAUGGCCUCCUACAGGCAGCGUCGGUGUCAUCUUCUCCCAGCGAAGAUGUGCCAGCUCAGCGUAGCAACCAUGGAGUAACUGAAGUUUUGUCCAACAAACAAGGUCCAGCCGAGGUCGGCAAGCUGGUUUCGGCGGAUGGUAGGUCUCGCUACAUUGAUAGUGUUCUUCUUCUUCCGGCUGGAGAUGGAGAUUUGUGUGAACUAUCAGAUUCGGACUCGGAGGCUGAUCAGGAUCACGCCAAAACUCCGACAAGAGACCAAAGUGCAUCCGGUAGUCUAGGCUUCUUAGCAGGGGAAGCUAUUCCGUUGGCUAUGUUUGGACAUCAUCAAAGUCUAGCAGCUAUCCAUCCAACUCGCGAUGAGGCCUUGACCCUCUGGAACGUCUAUGUUCAAAAUGUCGAGUCUCUGUGCAAAAUUCUUCACACUCCUACUGUUGGACAGAUGGUCGAUGCGAUCUCUCGGAAGCCUGAUUCAGUCUCAAAAGGGGAUGAAUGCCUAAUUUUCGGCAUUUACUACCUUGCCGUGUUCUCCUUGCCGGAUGCCGACUGUUUGCAGACAUUCCAUGCGCCGAAACACGAUCUUAUCACAAAGUACCGCGGUGCUGUGCUUCAAGCACUAGUCAAUGCGUCAUGGUUGAAGACCACUUCGUUGCGUGUGCUACAGGCCUAUGUCAUGUUCCUUGUGGCGGCACGCAGUCAGGUCGACCCGCACACAUUCUGGAGCCUGACAGGAAUCGCUAUCCGACUCGCGCAGCGUAUGGGACUACAUCGUGACGGGGAAAAUCUUGGUCUUCCGCCUUUUGAGGUCCAAAUACGCCGUCGACUAUUUUGGCAGCUACUCCCUCUUGACACCUAUGCUGGCCAGGUUUCGGGGACGGGCAUUUCGAUAGCUCCAGACAGCUGGGAUACCAAGCAGCCAUUAAACAUCAACGAUGACCAAAUUUACCCUGGAAUGUCUGAGAGACCAGAAGAAAAGAAUGGGGCCACAGAAAUGAUUUUCAGCCUCGCAAGGAUAGAACUGUCCAGCUUUUACGCCAAAACGGGUGUCAAGUUGAAGGGCGCGGCGGUAUCUUUCAGAAACUCGGAGGAUUUCGAAAAGUUGAUCAAUGACGUCGAGGGCUCAAUAGAGAUAAAGUACCUUCGGUACUGUGAUAUCUUGAACCCUCUACACCUUUUAACGCUCGGGGUCGUACGGUCAGCUGCGAAUAUUGUCCGUUUGCGCAACCGAAUGACACCAGUAAUGGAUAAGACCGUGACGGACCUUGAGAGAACCGAGCUUUGCGCUCUUUCGGAAAGAAUUCUUGAGACGGAUAGUACUAUUUACCGAAACCCGUCCUUGAAGAAGUUCCAGUGGCAAGUGAAGAAUUUUUUCCUCUGGGAUGCACUUCUCUGUAUUCUACUCAGCAUCACGAAAUCUGGCUUUUACAAAGGAGCGGAGUUGGACAAAAUGUGGAAUUUGGUCGGGGAGGUCUUCGCAAACCAUGGGGAUCUGCUGGAGAGAAAGAGAGUCUUGCAUUCCAUGAUCUGUGAGGUCACAUUAAAGGCUUGGCAAGCGAACCCUCCCAGGCAGCAUGGACCUGAACCUUCCUUCAUAUCGUCUCUCCAAAGCCAGCCUAAACGCAAGCUCAGGACGCAGCAAGACGCGGCCGGUGAAACCGCCAGUGAAGUAGAUAGUAGUCAUGAUGCGAUAGAGGAUGCUUCUACGCUCGAUGGGCUCUUCGGCAACAUUGACGGUACGAAUCUGAUGAUGGAAAGCAGUUUGAAGUCGAACUCGUCAGAUUGGUUGUUCUGGGAUCAAUUCUAUCGCGAUACAAAUCUUUGUUGA